AUGAUUGACGGAGACGACGGCGUGAUCCUGCUUCUCUACGAGGCGUACAAGACGCACACGGAGCGCGUGCGCGACGCCCGCCGCGACGUUCAUCAACUCCUGCUGGAGGAGGAGUGGCGCGUCGCCAUGCGCGAGCGCCACUACCUCACCACGCAGUGUCUCGACGCGCCGUGUGCAUCCGGCUGGAUGACGCUGUACGAGUACGGCACUGACAUCAACUUCUUGAACGCUACGAGUCUGACACGCCCACCCAAGCUGCGCUACUUACACCAUGUGCUGGGUCUCGUUCUUACCUUCUACGUCGGGUCGAUGGAGCAGAGCUCCCUAUGCAUCACCUUUGGGGCCCCACCCAGCACGCUCUCCAGGACGCUGCGCAAAGCCGAAGAGGCGUUAGUGCGGGCGCUGAACGGCUACGCGCCUGCGCGUAUCUCGUGGCCCUCACCCUCGUGCCAGGUGCAAGAGCCUUCUAACGCAGACCUUCAGAAUGCCAUGUACAAUGGCUGGCUGCACUCGGUCUUCGUAACCGGCACGAUCUGCUUUGCAGCGGAUGGCUGCAUUAUCUGGUCUCGCCACAACUGUCCGGGGUCGUGGAACGACUCGGACACGUCCUUGGAGUUCCGCGGCAAGCUGACGGACCCCCAGUACUGCCCUGAUGGUCGUAUGAGCGUAGUGUCCGAUUCCACCUUCCCGUGCUCCACGGCCAUGACGGGGCGAAUCCUCACCCCGUUGAAGGACGGAGAUAUCGAGAAAAUUGAGCCUUCACUGCGCGCCACUGCACGCACCCUACACAGUGCUAUCACUUCCAUCCGCCAGGCUGCCGAAUGGGGAAUGGGUUGCGUGCAAAAGGUCUAUAGCAGACUCAACUUGCCGCUGCCCUACGACCCGAACCUACGAGGCAUGCGCAUCGGCAACCUAUUCCGGCUUGCGAACUACAGAGUUCGCACAGUCGGGAUUCCAGAGAUCAAGACCACGUUCUCCGGCGCGAUGGAGAUUCCCGAGCAACUAACGCUGUCGUGGUGUGGAUGA